AUGGAAUUUUACGAAGCCAAAGCAUAUUCAAAUUUAUUAAAAAAGAAGAAAACUGGAAAUCUAUUUAAAAAUGAUCCUACAAUAACAACAACAACCACCCAAAUAAAUAAAGAAGAAAUUAUUUCUGAUCCUGUUAAUAUAAUAAUUAGUGAACAAAAUAAAAAAUCUAAAAAAAAUAUAUUACAUUUUUUCAAAAAGUUUAAAAAUAAUAAUAAUUUAGAUAAUAAAAUAAUAAUUAUAGAAAAAGAUCAAAAUGCUCAAAAAAAUUAUGAAGAGGAUAUUCCCUCUUUAAUUUAA